UUUUUGGUUUUUCAAAAGUAUCACAUCACCCACUCUUUUUCUACCUAUAAAACCAAGUCUUCUCUUCCAAAAAAUUUCAAACCAACAAUUAUCACAAGUACUUCAAGAGUUAAAGAUUUUGGAAGCAAAAUUCAUUAGAAAGAAAAAAAGAAAAAAAUUAAAUAUGGGGAGAGCUCCAUGUUGUGACAAAGCAAGCGUGAAAAAAGGUCCAUGGUCACCAGAAGAAGAUGCAACACUCAAGGCAUAUAUUGAAGAACAUGGCACUGGUAACAAUUGGAUUGCUCUUCCCCAAAAAAUAGGGCUUAAGAGAUGUGGGAAGAGUUGCAGGCUGAGAUGGCUCAAUUACUUGAGACCUAAUAUUAAACAUGGUGGAUUUACUGAAGAAGAAGACAAUAUCAUUUGCAACCUCUACAUUAGUAUUGGCAGCAGGUGGUCUAUAAUAGCUGCACAACUUCCUGGAAGAACCGACAAUGAUAUCAAGAACUAUUGGAACACUAGACUGAAGAAGAAAUUGCUUGGAAAAAGAAAACAAUCUCAAAUGAACAGAUUAUUGCUUGCUAGUGGUGGCCAAGAUCUUAAGGAACCAAAUGGAUUAGAAGAAAAUUCGUUAUUACAAAACCUAAGCAACUCGGCUCUUGAAAGGCUUCAACUUCAUAUGCAACUUCAAACCCUACAAAACCCUCUUUCUUUCUAUAAUAAUCCAUCACUUUGGCCUAAGUUAACCCCUCUUCAACAAAAAAUGAUCCAAACCCUACAAGCUAAUGGCACAAAUGAGAACCAAUCACCCCUUUUCGCGCCGAUGAAUCCUAGUGAAAACCAAGCUCGUGAUCAUGAAUUAGGGCAGAAAGUUGGGAUCAAUGAAUUUGCUAGUACCAUGAGUACUACUAGAUUCAAGGUGAAUGAAUUAGUGGAAAAAAGUCCAAUUGAUGACUUUAACAACAAUAAAAAAAAUGCUCUUGACACAAACAUAGGGCAAGAAAACACUAGAGAAAUCCAGAUUCAGGGUGUUCAGGGGUUUAGUCAGCUAGAGAUCGAUGACCUGAUACUCAACAACAAAGGAUCGGUAGGCCUGAAUUUGCCUUCAGAGAAUCAACAGAUAGCCGAAUUCGACUGUUUUAAGGAGAUGGAUGAUGGAUCAAGGGACAAUUUGGCAUGGUGGUCUAAUGAUUUUGACACAAAUACGGCUUCUUCAUCAAAUUCUUGGGGUUCAUCUUCAAAUAUUCUUCAUAACACUCAUGAAGGGAUGUAUCAUCAAGAUUAUGCACUAGGAUAUAAUUUGCAGUGACAGAUAGUUAUGAGGGUGUAGAGAGGCAUUUGAUAAUAUUGAAAGGGGGAAUAGGGAAAGCUUGUGGGUAAAUUAAAGUUUGUUGUAAAUUUUUGUGUGAAUAAUGCUUUCUCUUUGUCAUCUUGCCAUAUAACUUGUAUGACGUGACUGUCAGUUAAUAUUUCCUUUUUGUUAUCUCUUAAUGUAAAACAUAUGCUAGUAUUAUCCA